GGAAAACAUCCAAAGAUCUGAUCACACAUCUUCGUGUCGCUUAUUUGACCCCAAGUAUAUAUUUGAACGUUUACCAUGGCUGUGUACAUUGAUCAUCAGCUAGAAGCCCUUCAGUCCCGGGGACCCCAUUCCCAUAUAGCUUGGCACCCUCGUCAGUCAUUUUUGGCUGUUGCAUCCAUUAAUUCAAACUCUGGUGGCAGCGUGGAUAUUUUUCCAGAGCAGGGAGAGUAUACGUGUGAUGCACACUUGGAAAGAAAUUUCCGGGCCACAUGCCUCAAUUGGCAUCCAUCCAAACUGAUAUUGGCGGUGGGCUGUGAGAUGGGGGACGUGGUGGUUGUGAACAAGCAGGACAAGGAACAUCAUGCAGUACCCUCCAACCAUAAUGCUGAUAUUACAGUCCUCAACUGGAGCACUAAUGGCACCCGUCUAGUUUCUGGAGACAAACUUGGUGUCCUGGUGUUAUGGCGGAUGGACCAGCGGGGUCGGGUUCAAGGCCCCCCUCUACUUAAACAUGAAUACGGAAAGCAUCUCAAUUACUGUAUCUUCCGGCCACCUCCUCCUGGCGAGGACUUGGUACAACUAGCCAAAGCUGCAGUGAGUGGUGAUGAGAAGGCCUUGGACAUGUUUAACUGGAGAAAAUCUGGGAUGGGAAUGCCUCUGAAAAUGGGACCUCAGGAAGGGUUGUCAUUCUUUAUCAGUGUGACAGAUGGAACUGUGCAUUAUGUGAACGAGAGAGGGAAAACAAGCCAGGCAUUGACCACAGAGAGUUCAGUCCAAAAGCUGCUGUUCAUGGAAAAGGAUGUCUUGGUAGUAAUAACAGAGACUCUUCUCUUAUCUCUUCACAAAAUUUCUCUUGAAGGAGAAGCAGAGGAGCUCUUGAAGGUGAAGCUGAGUGGGAAGAUGGGUCACCCUGCUGAUAUCAUUCUGAUUGACCGGAGCCUCCUCAUCACUGCGACAGGUGAACCAGUUCUUAGGUUCUGGGACUUGGAGCGUGGCGAGAACUAUGUGCUCUCUCUGGAUGAGCAGUUUGGGUUUGAAAUAGCAGAAUGUAUCAACUGUGUGUCAUACUGCCAUGCUAAAAGUCUUCUCUCAGCUGGGACGGACAAAGGGAGAGUAGCUAUGUGGAGGAAAGUGUCAGUCACCAGCCAAAGCUCAUGGUCACUGGAAGGCAAAGACAGAUGGAAGCUUCAGGCACCUACAGAGCUGGAAGGGAACAUCAUUCAAAUAAAGUGGGGAACCAAGAAGAACCUACUGGCUGUAAACACAACUAGCUCUGUGUCAAUCCUUAGCGAACAGGCCAUGUCUUCACACUUCCACCAGCAAGUGGCAGUGGUGCAGGUUUCACCAAACCUGUUCAGUGUCACAUCCUUCAGCUCAAGAAUGACUGACAACAUCCGUAUGGACAUGUAUGUGAAUGGCGUUUUUGCCACCAAGGAUGCUGUAGCAUUCUGGAAUGGAAAGCAAGUUGCCAUCUUUGAGCUCUCAGGUGCCACUUUGCGGAAUUCAGGUUCUUUCACCUGUGAUUCCCCUGUGCUGGCUAUGCAUGAAGAAAACCUUUACACCGUUGAGCCAAAUCGUGUUCAAGUUCGCACCUGGCAAGGCACUGUGAAGCAGCUGCUGGUGUUCUCUGAAUCGGAAGGGAAUCCAUGCCUCCUGGACAUCUGUGGGAAUUUCUUGACUGUGGGAACAGACUUGGCUCACUUUAAAAUUUUUGAUCUUUCUCGCAGAGAAGCAAAAGUACAUUGCAGUAGCAAGGCCCUUGCUGAUCUGGUUCCAGGCACGAGUGGAAUUGCGUCUGUGAAGUGCAAUGCAAGUGGCAACAAAGUUAGCAUCCUCAUCAACAAGGCUGAUGGAAGUCUUGACUCCAAGAUCUGUUUCUAUGACAUUGAAAUGGACAUAGUCACCCUGUUUGAUUUCCAAUCUGGACAACAGAAGGAUGCUAGAGAAAUGCUCUCUUUUGGACAGGAGGCUGAGGGGAGAGGCACCUCUGAAUAUCCAGAACUGUGUGACCGCAUACCUGCCAGUCACUUCUGGGAUCAAAACGAACCAAGGCUUUUCAUAUGCGAAACAGUUCUUGACCCAAGUCAGCAGUCACUGGACAAGAAGCAGGAGCCAGCAGAAAGUUCGAUGGAUGUUCUGAUUAUAUCCUUCUUCUGUACCGAAGAGCAUGGGCUUUUGCUCCAGGACAGCUUUCCGUUGCCAUCAGCUUACCAGUCUCUUUUGGGCAUGGAGGUGCCGCAUUAUUACUUUGCCAAAAAGUUGUUGUUUUGGAGAGGAUCUGUCUAUAAACCUUAUCCUGAAGCUGAGAAAAAAGAUGAAGCAGAACCUGGUGUGGAACCACUCUAUCAGAUGGUAGCCAAAAGGCCAAUGCGAGAUUUCAUUGGACUGGAAGAAUGUGACAAGGCCACGCGGGAUGCUAUGCUUAACUUCAGCUUCUAUCUCACCAUUGGGGAUAUGGAUGAGGCCUUUAAAUCCAUCAAGCUCAUCAAAAGUGAGGCCGUCUGGGAGAACAUGGCCCGCAUGUGUGUGAAGACGCAAAGGCUCGACGUCGCCAGAGUUUGCCUGGGGAACAUGGGUCACGCUCGAGGAGCCCAGGCGUUACGGGAGGCCGAGCAAGAGCCGGAGCAGGAGGCCCGGGUCGCCAUGUUGGCCAUCCAGCUGGGCAUGUUGGAAGAUGCUGAGCAGUUGUACAAGCAGUGCCGACGCUACGACCUCUUGAACAAAUUUUACCAGGCCUCGGACCAGUGGCAGAAGGCCGUAGAAGUAGCUGAGGCUCACGACCGAGUCCACCUGCGCACCACCUGCUACAAUUACGCCAAGCACUUGGAAGCCACCGGCGAGCGCACUCUUGCGCUCACCUAUUAUGAGAAGUCAGACACACACAAGUUUGAGGUACCUCGAAUGCUUUCAGAAGAUUUGCAAGCCUUGGAAUCUUACGUCAACAAGAUGAAAGAUAAGAGCUUAUGGAAAUGGUGGGCCCAGUACCUGGAAGGUCAGGCAGACAUGGAAGCAGCUUUUAGGUAUUACGAACUGGCUCAGGAUUACUUUUCCAUGGUCCGUAUCCACUGUUUCCUGGGUAACAUCCAGAAGGCAGCUGAAAUAGCAAAUGCGACGGGUAACUGGGCAGCUUCAUAUCACGUCGCCCGUCAGUAUGAGAGCCAUGAUGACAUCAAGCAGGCUGUGCACUUCUACACCAGAGCCCAAGCGUUCAACAAUGCUAUUCGACUGUGCAAGGAGAACAAUCUGGAUGACCAGCUGAUGAACUUGGCUCUUCUCAGCUCGCCGGAAGACAUGAUUGAAGCAGCGCGCUAUUACGAAGGGACGGGCGAGCAGAUGGACAGGGCCGUGAUGCUGUACCACAAGGCGAGCGACUUGUCCAAAGCUCUGGAGCUGGCCUUUGCCACGCAGCAGUUUGCCGCCUUGCAGCUCAUUGCGGAGGAUUUGGACGAGAAGUCCGACCCGGCCUUGCUGGCUCGUUGCUCGGACUUCUUCAUCGAGCAUGCCCAGUACGAGAAGGCCGUUGAACUGCUGCUAGCUGCCAAAAAGUACCAGGAUGCCCUGCAGCUCUGCCUGACGCAGAACCUGACGAUCACCGAGGAGAUGGCUGAGAAGAUGACCAUCUCAAAGGACUCCAAGGAGCUCUCGGAGGGCUCCCGGCGAGAGCUCCUGGAGCAGAUAGCCGACUGCUGCAUGCGGCAGGGCAAUUACCACAUGGCCACCAAGAAGUACACCCAAGCGGGAAACAAGCUGAAAGCCAUGAGAGCACUGUUGAAGUCCGGAGACACAGAGAAGAUUGUGUUCUUUGCUGGGGUCUCGAGGCAGAGGGAGAUUUACAUCAUGGCUGCCAACUAUCUCCAGUCCCUGGAUUGGCGCAAGGACCCAGAGAUCAUGAAGAACAUCAUCAGCUUCUACACCAAAGGGAGGGCUCUGGACCUCCUGGCUGGCUUUUACGACGCUUGUGCUCAGGUGGAGGUGGAUGAGUACCAGAACUAUGAGAAGGCCCUCGGAGCCCUGACGGAGGCCUACAAGUGCUUGUCAAAGGCAAAGGCACAGAGUCCAGUGGAGCAAGAGAGCAAACUCGCGCUCCUACACCGCAAGAUGGCGCUGGUGAAGAGAUUUAUUCAGGCGCGAAGACUUGACCCGGAGGAUCCCAAGGAGGCCGCGAGGCAGUGUGAGCUGCUGCUGGGCGAGCCAGAGCUCGACAGCGCCAUCCGUCUGGGGGAUGUCCUAGGCUUCCUAGUGGAGCAUCACCUGAAGGCGCAGGAAUUCCAGAUGGCAUACCGGUACCUGGAGGAGUUGCGUAAGAAAAUUCCGUGCGUGAACCUCAACUAUUACGUGAACCAACAGACUGUUGAGGCCGUUCACAGAGGGUUGGGCGUUCCCCUGAGCCGGAACCCUGUCCCAGAGAGAGUUCGCCACAAUAGCGUGGAGGACAAGGAGGUGGAAGAGGAAGUGGCUGACGAAGCAGAGGCUUCCUAAACCGAGUCUGAGCUCCGGCUUCGUGAGAUGGUGCAACUUCUCCUGCACGGCUAACAGAAAGCGGGGAGGUUGCAAAGUCAUCUUUUAA